UCAUAUCAGUUAGAAGCGGCAGUGGAGUGUCGAACGGCGAUAUGUUUAUUGGUUAUCAUUGUUCGUAUUGCAGAUCUUUAAAAAGAUGUCUUACUUGUCGCACCUGAGCACGUGAAUUGUGUCUAGGGACGAGAUCUGACUGAAACAUGUGACACUUACAGCAGAUUUCUGGUCCCGUUUGGUCGGAGAGUAGUGUUAACGGGGUCUGAUUCUGUGUGGAGUGUGGAUAUUAUCUCACAUCAAUAUCGAACCAACGACUUGGCAGUAACGCAAGCUAUUUAUGACUAUAGAGACAAUGAACUUCAAAGAGAGCCAAUUAGCAGUCUCAUCACUACGCUACACCUGUGUAUGUACAGGUGAGUCAAUCAGUAGGUAUAGACUUUAAAAGACAGGUGUGUUGACUACUAUGAGAUUAUACCUAGUGCUUGUUCUCUGGAAACCUAUGUUUAAUUGGAUCAUUAAUUGCUGAAUCUGGACGCAGAUGCCGACACGUGAAAAUGUUCGUUUUUACAGGUGAGCAAGUAUAAGAGUGAUAUAUGAAUCAUGCUGGACACAUGUGCUUCUUCCUAAUCAACUGUGAAGGCCAUAUGAUCAAAAUAUGGUGAUAAAGACAUUUAAAUUCAGCAUGUAUUAGAUUUCGUCAAACAUUUUACAGUACCACUGAAGAAACAUCGUUCUCUUUUAAAUAAGUACUCAGAACGUUAUCCAUUAUAUAAAAUCAGCUUAAUAGCUUAGGGAAUAACUUGGACAAGACAUUUAAAAUCUUUUUUGAUUGAUGUUUUCAACCAUCUAAUACAUUGAAGUCAAACUCGAUUACCAACAACCUCACUGCUCUUCAAAUAUCUACCUGACCGGGGACAUUGCCGAGAAAUUAACAUUUGUCUGGACAACCACGGCGAGGUGUUGACAUUCUCAAGGUAUUAAUUUGUCCCUCACCACCUUAUACAUAUACGGUAAACACUGCUGUUUGGUAUAAACAUCGGGCCAUUUAAAACUCAGAUUGGAUUACAAAUGGCGUUAUGGUAGAGAUGUCACAUGCUUUUCAUCGAUUUUUCUUUCACUGGAAUAUUGAAUUGAUAAUUUGACAGUUAGACAUUAAGAUAUUCAACCAACCAUGAAAACGGGAAUUAUAGACGUUCAGUUUGAUUCCGAGAACGACAAGAACGGAGUGACCGUCGGUAAGAUAGGAAAGAUGGCGAAGAAAGUCAGAAUAAAAACUGACGUUGACACAAUCGAAGGAAAGGAGAAGAAGAAGAAGAAAAGGCGACGACAAGGAUAUCCAAAUUUAUCCCAAGUACAAAGGUCAAAGGAAAUGGGUAAUGAAACAGAAGACGAUUCCGUAGAUGAGGAUGAUGGAAUUUUACCAACAAUAGAGGGGUUCGACCCAAGGAAGAGAAAAGUGGAAGAGGUACCAGACAUCAAAAAUACUAGACCAGGAAUAUGUGAUGAAUGCAAGAAAAGAGGUCUAAAUUCUGUAGAUGAAUAUAUGCAAAAGACUUUCAAAAAAUAUGACACAAAAGAUGAACACAGUAAUGGACAUUGUAUAGUUUGUCAAGGAAUAGGCAUGAAUUUUAAUUUUCUCGAUUCCAAUUCCGGUUCGGCAUCCAUGACUUAUCCAAGAGACUUUUAUGAUAAGUUUUCGCGCGAAACGAAACCGCCAAACAUAGACUCUGAACCAGACCAUCCACGAGGUUCCCCAGGACUCCCUUCCAUACAAGAAGAAUCCAAACCAGCCCCCAUCAAGUUAGACCCCCUCGCGACGACUGGUGAGAAUGUGUUUGAAGCUGCCCGGAAGGGUGUAUUAGGGCGUCUUACUGCAGAAUCGCCGAAGCGGAGGGAUGCAUUGGGAAGGCACAUAACAGAAUCCCCUAGAAGAGAAAAGGAUGGAAGCCCUCUUAUGGAUUCUGGAAGGAAAGAUGUGCCAACGAGAUAUUCUCCUUACAUGGAGAAAAUCAAAAAAGAUAGGUAUCGAAAUGAGGUGCAAUAUCUCGAUGAUUCAAAGAAGGAACUAUUAGUCAGGCAAUUUCAAUUCGAAAGCCCAAAGCUCGACUUAACGGGACACGGUGAUAUUCGAAAUGUCUCAAAGCGAGAGCUGGACUACCGCAAAGACAUUAAAUAUAGUGCUAGUUUCGAACCCUCAAAACAUCGUCAUUCGGUACAAAAUCGUAAUAGAUAUGUGGAAUACCCUCUCCCAACAUUAAAUGCAUACAGUUUCGCGCCACAGGAAGUUUCUGACGAACCCGAAUGCGUUCCCUACAAUAGGGGUCUCAAAGGUGGCACUAUAAAAAAGGAUCCAAACCCCAUUCACAGGGAGCGUCAAGAAUUACUUCAGAAACAGGAAAAGUAUUCCAUGUACGCAGUUGGAAGCCUCGGUCUGGUUUACGGAAUGCCGGAACACAACAAGAGUCUUACUGACCGAUCGUCCAUCCCGGAAACUGCCACUUCGCUUUCCUUUGACAGGCCUAUGCAGGGAAACCGACCAUUGUCUCUGCUGCCCGCCAUUGAAGCCCAAGAAAAGACCAUCAUCAUAUUUUUCGUAUGGUUAGAAGUUGGACAGUUCGUGUUCGUCCUAGAUCUUCCAGAUAAAAACUAUAGGUUAUCUAUAUAUAUAUAUAUAUAUGAAGUUAAACGCACGAUUUAUGGAAGUAUGUAUGUAAGCUUAAAUAUAAACUAUGCAUUUACCAUCUUAUUCAAAAGAAAUGAAGAUUGGAUUUUAGUAUCCUUGCAUGUGAUAUUUCAGAGAUAUCUAAUAGAAUGAUGAUCGAAGCGCGCUGGCAACAACUUGGGUAUUAAUAACUGUUGGAAAACAGAGUUUAGAUAUCAUGUUGGGUUCAGAGGUCACACUGAGUCAGAGGUCAAUGCAUUAAUACAAGUAUUUGUUCUCUAGUAUCCUUGUAUGUGAUAUUUCAGAUAUAUCCAAUAGCAUGAUGAUCGAAGCGCGUUGGCAACAACUUGGUUAUUGUUAGCUGUUGGAAAACAGAUUAUUUGUCCCUUACCCUAAAUGUCACUGAAAGUGGCACGCAACUAAUACUUCAUCAAUUUGUUGACCUCAUCAACCUAAAUAAUACAUAUUACGGUCAAAUGAUUCCUUUGAGUCUUAUUCAUUUCCCUGUUACAAAACUUUGUGAUAUCCAUUAUAUUUUAUAGGACGUUUUACUAACAUUUGACAUUCACUAAAGAUUAACUACUGUAAAGUGUUUAAUUAAAUAGGAAAGAGAAUAAAUUCGUUGACAA